AUGAUAAUUUCUAAUGUAUAGAAGCCAUCAUAACCAUCUUAGUAGAAAAAAAUAACUAAAUUUGUCAAAGAUUUAAUUAGCAAUGAAAACUAGUUCUAAUAAUAAAAUAUUUAAUAGAAAGAUAAAGAGAAUGGAUUUAUUAUUAAAAAUGAAUCACCUUCACAAGAGACAAUAUAAAAAGAAACACCUAUUCAGGUUAUAAAAUAAUAGAAUUAAACAUCAGGUUAAACAAUAUUUUCAAGAAAACCCAUAAUAAGUAUACUUGAAGGAAUCGAAACAGUUUAAUCUACAAAUCGAAAGAGUUUGAGAUCUAGAUAAUCAGCAAAUAAUAGUGAAAGAAAUAGUAUUUUUGGAUAAACUCCAGAUUAAAAACCUCUCAAUCAACCUAAAAGACAUUCUAUCUCAAGUUUUUAGACAAAUGGAAAUUUACAUACUUUUUAGAAUGGUAAGAUUCCAAAGCCAUCUAAAGACUAUUAUGUAUAUAGAUUUUCUUUAAUUUUAGAAAUGUAAUUCUUUUGCUAAAAUCUUUUACAGUCAUAAAAUUGGAUUGUCCAGAAUUUUUAUGCUUUCAUAAAUUUAUUUUCGACAAAUUCUUUGUUUUGAAAUUUGUGGAGCAUUAUUUCUUUUUAUAGAGCCAUUACAAUCCUAUUAUAUCAUUGGAUCUUCAUGUGGAGGAUACUUGAUAUUCAAAAUAUAUGAUUAUUAUGUAGUAAAGUCAUUAUGUAAAAAUGGAAGUGGUUUUCUUCUUAAAUUAAUUAACUAUGUAAUUUGGACUUGUGCAUUAUCAAUAUUAAUAUUAGGAAUCCUAUUCUACUAACCUAAUAAUUUAAUAUGUUUGCAGUAUUAUAUACCUGCAUUGAUUUUGGAAUUAUUUAUUGUUGAUCCAAUAAAAUAUGUAAUCAUAAAAAAUUGCUUAGCAGAACCUAGAAUUAAUAUAAAUAAAAAACAAUAGAAUAUUAAAUGA